AUGGAAUCCUGUUUAAAUUAUAAACCCCAGAGAGUAGGAUCUGUUGUUGUUGAAGAUUUGAAGAAAAACCUUUUUUCAGAAUUCUCCAAAAUACCCACAGAAUCUCAGGAAGCAGUGUUACUGGAGAAGGAACAUUUGCAGGUUUACCUCCGUAUUCGUCCGUUUACCGCUGCAGAGAGUGAUCUGGGUGAAUCACAGGAGUGCGUUACGAUUGAACCACCAAACACAGUGGUACUAAAGGCUCCGAGAACAUCUCUGUCUGCCAGACAGAGUGAUAAAUGGGGUCCUCAGAUUGCUCAACGUUUCCAGUUUUCACAGGUGUAUGGACCAGAAACCACCCAAAGACAAAUAUUUGAUGGCUCAACCAAAAGCCUUGUAAAAGAUGUUCUGGAAGGAGGGAAUUCUGUGGUGUUCACUUAUGGUGUAACUAAUGCCGGGAAGACAUUUACUUUUCUGGGCCCUGAGACGGAUGGUGGAAUUCUACCAAGGUCCCUGAAUGUUAUCUUCAAUAGCAUCGAGGGACGAAUCUACACACAAAAUAACAUCAAACCGCAUCGAUGUGUAGACUUUACAAGGCUAACGAAAGACCAGCAGGAUGAGGAAGCAGCAAACAAAAGAAACAUUCUUCGGAGAUUCAAAGAGGGUAAUUCUCAGAAUACCAUGUCCUCAAUGUCCAGUUCAUGUGGCAAAACUUUGCUUGAAGGUUCUUUGUCCAGUGAUGUGGAUGGACAGAUCGACGGAGAUAGUCUCUGUAUGGAGGAUGACCCUCAUGUUAAAUUCUCAGUAUGGGUGUCCUUUUGUGAAAUCUACAAUGAAAGCAUUCACGACUUGCUUGAUCUUAUUCCAAAUGGUUCGCAAAAAAGGAAUGUUUUGAGACUUUCACAAGACAUCAAAGGCAAUGCAUUUGUCAAAGAUCUUAAGUGGAUUCAGGUGAACAAUGCAAAUGAAGCUUACAAAAUUGUGAAAAUUGGACGGAAAAAUCAAAGUUUUUCCUCCACAAAGCUCAACAAUGUUUCAAGCAGAAGCCAUAGCAUAUUCUCAAUCCGGAUUUUGCGGAUUGAAGACGUAGGUGUUCCACGAGUUCAGACAAUUAGCGAGCUGACUUUAUGCGAUCUAGCCGGAUCAGAGAGAUGUGCAAAAACUCAGAACAGAGGAGACCGGUUAAAAGAGGCAGGGAACAUUAACACUUCGCUGCUGACACUGGGAAAAUGCAUCAACGCACUGAGACUCAACCAGACUCAGUCAAAGUUCCAACAACACAUUCCUUUCAGAGAGAGCAAGCUUACUCACUAUUUGCAGGGUUUUUUCUGUGGCCGUGGGAAAGCCUGCAUGAUUGUCAAUAUCAAUCAGUGUGCCUCUAUGUAUGAUGAAACCCUGAAUGUUCUCAAAUUCUCUGCAGUGGCUCAAAAGGUUGUGGUUCUCAACCCCAAAUCUGCUUUCAUCGUGCCCAAGAGAUCAGCCAGGGACGUUUCUCUCAUCAUUAACAGUGCAGACAGCAGAGAGCCUCUGGGCAGAAGAAAGAGUUCACUCAUGGGUUGGGACAUGAGUCUGGAGGAUGUGCAGGAGGAUGAAUGUGAUGAUGAUGAUGUCGAAGAAGAGGAAGAAGAAGAAAGUGAAGAAGAGAGCAUGGUGGAAGACACUAUUCUGGAAGCAGGAGAAGAUCAAUGUGUAUCUCAGUUAAAGGAGCAGAUUGAAGAGCUCAAGGAGAAACUUUGUAGGGAGCAAUCCGAAAAACUGGUGUUAGAAUCUCGUAUCCGUGAGGAGGUUAACACUGAAUUCAUGGAGCUGUUUUCUAACAUGGAAAAGGAUUAUAACGAACGUCUUCAGAGAGAAAAAGAGAUUGUUGAGGAGCGUGCUGAGAGGAGGUUGGAAAUACUUAAAAAUUUAGUCAACAGAAAUGCCAGUGAAUUGGCAGCUGCUAGCUGUGCUGAAGAAUCAACACAGGAAGCAAAGAUAGCGUUUUUGAAUGGGAUGAUUGAGACGAUGCGGGAUGACCUGGCUAAGAUAAAGAUGGAUGCAGAGACGGCGCAGACGUGCUUGGUAAAUGAGCCUGAUUCCCCCGGCACCAUCGGCAGUCUGAGAGCACAGCUGGAGGAGUUAAACCAAGAGCUCCUCAAAAGCCGGCAGCUCCUCAGCCUUAAAACCAAGGAAUUAGAAACGACACAAGCUCAGACACAGGAGUCAAAUGAGCUGCUACAAGAGGCAGAAAGGAAUUUGGAAAGUCAGACCAUGAAGUGUCAGGAACUUAUGGCAAUUUGUCAAGAAAAGGAUGAUGUGAUAGUCAAACUACAGACAGCAUUGGACCAGAAUGUUGAGACAGCUACUAAAGAUAGGGUCUUGAUUGAUAGUAUCAAGGAGGAAAUCUUACACUUAAGAAAUAAUUGCAAAUGCGUGAGGAGUAAUGACCACGUCUCUGAUGAAGAGGGAAGAGAAAGCCAAGUGGGUUUGGUGAAGAGUAGAAAUUUAGAUAUUCAGAAGCUUGUGGAGGAGGUGAAAUCAAAAGAUGAGAUCCUUGAUGAGCUCAGAUAUGAGAAGAGUUCACUUGAGCACACUGUACAGUGUUUGACCAAGGACCUUGAAAAGCAAGAACAAGCUUGUGAGGCUGCCCUCUCCUCUCUCACCGCAGAGAGAACAGAAACAGCCAAACUCACGGAUGAGAAUAAGGCCCUUACCAGUGAGCUUCGUCUGCUCCAGGUCACAGCAUACGAGUUGAGCACAAAGCUGAAGUCCACAGAGUCAAAAUUAAGCACUCAGAAAGAGAUCACAGACAAACUUACUGAAGAUCUAGAGGCAACAAAGACACUUCUUAAAGAACGUGAUGAUGAAUCCAGUGUGCAAUCCAAAACCAUUGAAUCUUUAAUGCGAGAGGCAGAGCGUUUGCGUCAGAAACUCGCCAAAGAAGAGUUCUCGCCGGCGCAGAGGAGCAGCUCCGCCUUCCGAGACACCAUAGAAGCGCUUCGCAAAGAGUGCGAGAAGAUGGUUGGGACAUCCCAAGAUAAAAACCUGCAGAUAGAGAAUAUGGAGAAGGAGCUGAAUCAGGCCAGAGAGCAGGUCCGUCUUCUGGAACAGCAGUGCCAUCAGCUGAGACAGGAACGAGACGUCCAGAGCGACAAGAUCCAGAGCUUGCUCAGCUCCUACGAAGCAGAGAAGCUCACAGCGAAACAAAUGAGAAGCACCCACUGCGAACAACAAGCAACACUCGAGCAGCAGUUGGCUGAGCUUCAAGAGCAGGUCCAGGCCUCCAGAAGCAGCUCCGACAGAAUUACUAAGCUGGAGAAUGAACUCGCUGCCAAAGAGUCCCAGAUUCAAUCUCUGCAGGAAAACCUACGGGAGGCUCAGAUCCAACUGGGCCAAGAACAGGAGGAGAGGAGGAGAGACAGAUGUAGAGCAAGAGAUGAAGAGGAAGAGCAGAGGAUGGAGAUCUCCAGACAAAGAGAUGAAACAAAGAAGAGAAUAACAGAAGUCAAGGCAGAACUGGCACAAAAGGAUGGAGCAUUGGAGAGAAGCGCCCAAGAGCUUUCAAAGUCAGAAGAAUUAGUGAAUGAUGGAUUGGAUAAAAUCAAGAGUUUAAGCCUUGAGCUGCAGAUCAAAGAGAAGGAAAUCUCAGAUCUAACAGAACAGCUGACAGAUCGUAAUACACAGAUUGAUCGACUGCAGAAAGAGAUUACGAGCAUGAACGAAGAGAAGAAAUCUCUUCAGCUGAAGCUGGGUGACUCAGAGAGGGUGAAGAAUCAAGCUCUGAUUAGCUUGAGUAGUAUGGAGCGAACCAUUCAUCAGCUAUCGACUUCUCGGGGAGAAGCCAGCCGCGCGAAAUCUGAAGCAAAUUCCCCACGCGACCACAGAGACCGUCAAGAGCCACCGGCAAAAGCUGUGGCAGUUGAGGACACACAUCUUACCUUGACAGAUCAAGAGAGGACACAGAAAAAACAAGAGCAGGAGCUAGAGGCAAAACUGAGACAGAUUGAAUCCUUGAGUAAAGAGUUGAUGAAGCUGAGGGAGAGAUACCAAAGAGAAAGAACCGGUGAUUCGGAGAACUCCCACGUUCCCCAGCGGGAUUCAAACUCGGACGUUUCUGCGCGUCAUCAGCCGGCUGAUAAGCGGAAAGGGCUGGAAAAGGAACAGAUCUGGCCGGAUGGAGCCACGGGGUCGCAGCAGGUGUCUGUGCUGGACUCCUCAGUCAUCUCCUCAGAGAGCGGCAAAAGCCAGCGCUUCCCUAAACCAGAGCUGGAAAUCCACUUCAGCCCACUCAAACCUAACAGCGUGAACGUCAGGAGGCCGGGGGAAGACUCGCCCGUCACCAUCAAAAUUAGACGAACGGCCAGGAAGAGAAAGAGUGCUGAGCUGGAGGACCCAGUUGCAUCUGAGAAUAGGAAGAAUGUUCGCCUCGGGGGGAAUUCCAGGAUGAACAUUGAGUCAACAGAGUCGUCCACAGCGUUGAAUAAAAAGGCCAAUCGACCACAGCAGCAGGAUUCUCCCGCAGGCCUGAAAAGCAAAAAUGAUGGGACUUUGCAGAAGAUUGGUGACUUCAUCCAGAGUUCUCCAACCCUCCUAGGGAGCAAAGCCAAGAAGAUCAUUGGAAUUGUGACUGCAAAAUCCCCAGAGCCACAAAGCGUGCCCAGUAACAGGCCAAAGAGAACGAAACGCAAACUUUUCAAAACGCACGUUUCCUCUCCUAUGGAUAUACCUUCUCAGCCAAUCGUUGGAACUGAUGAAGAUAAAGAAAGCGAUCAUCUCAUUAUCAAAAGAAAACUCAGGACGAGAACUGUGAAGAAAUGA